AGGGUAGGGGCGGAGCGGCGUACCCGGCGGGUAGAUGGAUAGGAGGAGGAUGACGUUGAGGCAUGUGGUUGUCUGGUUGUUGGUCGGUGUGGUGUGUGUCCUCCCGGUGACAUGGACCUCUCCGGCAGAGUGUGAAGUCUGUAUGGAGUAUCUGCAGAGAUUUUACCAGUCUUUAUUGGAAAAAAAAAUUGAAUUUACUUCGACUGCCAUAGAGAAAGAAUUAUUCCACACAUGUAGAGAUGCUACAGGAAAAGAAAACCGCCUGUGUUACUAUUUAGGGGCCACGAGUGAUGCAGCUACAAAAAUUGUAAGUGAAGUUACUCGUCCUAUGAGUGCUCAUGUGCCAGUAUCCAAAAUCUGUGAGAAACUGAGGAAGAUAGACAUUCAGAUCUGCGAGCUGAAAUAUGAAAAGAAGAUUGAUCCAAAUUCUGUGGACCUGGCUAAAUUGAGGGUGGCAGAGUUAAAGAAGAUACUGGGCAGCUGGGGAGAGACAUGCAUAGCCUGCGUAGAGAAAACAGAUUAUGUUCAGCUUAUAAAAGAACUAGCUCCAAAAUAUACUGCACAAAAUCAAAGGACAGAUCUGUGAAAUCCUCUACUCUAAUUAAAGAUGAAGCUGCUGUAUAACAGAGGAAUGGAAAAUGGAUAUGCUGUCCAUAACAAUCCUUUAACUAUAAGAUUUCAUAUUCUAACCUAUACAAAUAAUGACAGCUGAAAUCAUGGUUGCUAUGGGCAACACAAUUACAUUUUCUUCCUAUUUUAAUAAGUGAAUGUUAAUUAUACGUUUAAUGAACUCUGGAUACAUCAAUGUUAAAACAUGUAUAGUUAAUAAAAGGUACCGAAAAUAACACCCUGACAAUUA